AUGACUCCGUCGGCAUCUGUUGGAAAGGAAGUCAACUUGAAGGAAGUCAACUUCAACUUGAAGGAGGAUAAGAACAUACCCUGUGCUAUUCAGUUUGUAACGACGAUGUUGGGGACGUCUUCAACAUUGACGAUCGGGGACCGGAACAAGAAGUUCAGGGUGAGCCGUUCUUCGACUUGGAUAACGGUUGUCUUCACACAGUCUAUGUUCAUUGCCACCACAGCAGGUUGGAUCUACGACAUGUAUAAUAAACCUAUCUGGAAUGCCGGCUUCCCAUGGUGGCUGCCAGUUGCUGUGUUGUUGGGCGCCUACCUGGCAGUGGUAGACCUGGCGCGUGGGUAUUUGACCCUCUUCGUGCCACAGGCACCCUUGGCGGCAUGGAAUGCACUUGACGAAGUUGGCUUCAAGGUGAUUGGAUUUUCUGUCAUCUUAAUCUCUGUCCCUGUUUUCUUGUUUGACCAGGCGUGGCUGCACAUCACCUUUGCUUGCCUUCUUAGUGUCCUCAUUGCUACCAUACUUGCCUUCUGUGUCUGUCUUGUUCGCACGUACCGGCAAUAG